AUGUCUACCGAUCCCAACGACGGGGUGCAGCUCGUAGGCGCAGACGACGUCCCCAUCUCUCGACGAUCGCCGUCUUCGGGACCGACGCGCAGUGCAAAGGGCGGAGACGACGGUGUCGAGUCCGUCGGGCCCGACGACGACGCCAACAUGGGCCAGGAUGAUGAGAACAACAACGAGGAUGACGAGGAUGAGGAUGAGGGUGAUGAUGACGAGGAAGAGGAUGACGAUGUGUUCGUCGUCGAAGCCAUCAAGAAGCACAUGGUGGACGAAGGGGUCAAGUGGGAAGGGUGGGAGAGCAAGUCGGACCUGACGUGGGAACCCGAGGAGAACCUAGUUGAAUCGGCCGGCGACAUCGUCAAGAGCUACCUUGAGCGCAUCGGAGGCCGCCAGGCCAUCCUGGACGAGACGAGCAAGGCGGCGCGGGGCAAGAAGCGAGGAAGGCCGACGACGACGAAGACGACGAGCAAGCAGAACAGCAACGCCGGCUCAUCGAAGCGGCCGCGCGGCGGCGGCGGCAGCCACCCCCGGUCGUCGACGCCGCCCGUGCCGGCCAAGUGGCUGCCCCCAUCCGGAUCGUGGGAGGACGAGAUCAAUGACAUUGACGCCUGCGAGGACGAGGGCAAAGGAAAGCUGAUCGUCUACCUCAACUGGAAGAAUGGGAGGAAGACGAAGCACGAUACUUCUGUCAUCUAUAAGAAGUGUCCUCAAAAGAUGCUCCAAUUCUACGAGCGUCACGUCAAAAUCAUCAGGGAUGAGGCCGAAGCAGCAGUCGACGAGGCGAGGAAUGGGCAGUGA